AUGUCCCAGUCGUGCGGCAGCUUAAGGGGGGAGGUGCCCUUGGGAGCCCAGCAAGCAGCCGUGCAAAAUAACGGGGAAGCCACUAAACCUGGCCCGUUUCUCUCAACCUGGCCCAUCGUGAUCCAACUUCGCACCUCUGCUGCAACUCUGCACAAUACCAGUAUCCCAAACGCCCAAUGUCCAGCUCAACGUGACUCAAUCCAAUGUUCCACCACCCUUCUCAUCCUUAAUCAACAUUCCUCCUCGCGAUCGCUACGUUCGCAGGACCUCUGUCAAGAUAAAAAGAUCGACUCCCCUUACUCAGUGCCGAUUCUGUCGUUGCGCGUUGCCUCGUUUAAACAAUACUCGACACGACUUCCACAUUGGUUGUUUGAUUACUUGCUGCGCACUCGCGGCGCCCAAUCAGUCACCUUGUCACCUCCGGUCUUUGAUCGAGGAGACUCGCCCAUCACGGCGUUGUCGAGAUUCAACCACUCCUUCGACAACGACGACACUGAAAACGAGGACAAGAUAUACAUUGCACCGCCGCCACAUUCUCCCAGGUCCGCAGCGUCAUCCUCGAGUCCUCCCUCCCCACGACCACCUCCCUUCUCCUCCCUCUACUUUCCAUCCGAGGCCGAGCUCGACCGCAUCAGAGCCACUGUCACCGAGACUCAUUGCGACUCGCUCUUAGCCUCUGCCCCGGCACCCUCCUUCGAGGAGGCUCUCGCCGAAGACGAACCCGGGUCUAAGGCUGAGCGCGAGACAAAAGCUGCCCUCCCACAAGACACAAAAGCUCAGUCUUCUUCCGGCAAGGCUGUUGACGACGGAGAGCCGCCGCCACCUUAUACCGAAGGUUCUAGUCCGUUAGACUCGUUCUCAUACCUCAUGGCGGCAGCGGGUGGUGCGGCCAGCAUCAUCACACAGGUUCAGCAAACAGGCCCACCAAUCAACACUUUAGGAGCAGGCGAGGCCGCAGCUGAUGAACACAUCACAUUGGACUUGAGGGGAACGCAUUUCACCCUUUCCCGUGAUGAAUUGUUGACGCUGCCCGAGUUUGUGCUGCUAUCAUUAUUCCCCAAUGGCCUUCUCCCGGAUGGCCACAUGAACUCGUUUCACGAAGGCGAUGUCUACCCGGUUGACUAUGACCCAGCCUCCCUUCAGUAUAUGUUAAAUUUCUUCCGAGAUGUGGCUCAAUCAAUACCCUCCACGUCUCCCUCCCCAACAACACCACCAGAACAUGACCCCAUCUCGAUUGAACCCUUACAGGGUUCGACCAAGGACAUGCUUCAGGACCGAGCGGGAAUCAUAGUCUUGAGAGAAGAUCUUGACUUUUACGUCAUUCCUCCUCGUCCAGACAUUGAGCAGCCGGAAAUGACAGAGAUCAAACGGGCCGCUGGUAAAUCCUUACUCAAACAAGACGGAAUCUUCUCUGGCCUUAAGCGGAGUGAAGAAGCUGGCACGACAGAGCAACAUUUGAUUGAAAUGCUGACCGCUGGCGGUUUUAAUCACGAUGAUGCCUGGGGUCAUCGAGCUGGAGAACCAAACAAGGCCGUUAUCUGCAGCCUGGCUCUCGCGCGGCUACGGACUGAUAUCAAAGGGGAUUUGGCCGGGAGCAAUGCUGUGGGCAUGGCUCAAAAACUCCUCCUGUUUUGGCGAAAACCGGCUCGGAGAUGUUGGUGGGAGGGUGUUGAGCUGACUGAUGUGGAUGGGGUUGAGGGCAAGUUGAAGGUAUGGAUUCGAAGAGUGUGGACCCUCGAAAUGAGCGUGAUUGGCCUUCGAUGA